AUCGUGUCACAUAAUGUGUUAGAGAGAGUAUUUUCGUAAUUUUUAAUACUUUGAGCCAAAGGCCGUGCUUUCACCCGAUUUCUUCCGUAUGCGGCUGCCCAUCAUGUGUUACAUGUAUAUAUGUAAUUGUUUGGUUCGUUUAUAAUUCAAUUGACUAACUUAGGGUUCACAUUGCUAAGUUGACUUUUACAAUGCAAAGUAUCCCAGCAACUUCAGCCUCAUCACCCCAAAACUUAUUUUGGGGGAGGAAUCUCAGCUUUGCACCGUAUACUCUUAACAGUAACAGAAUGCAAGAUUUCAGACCCGCUAUGACAUCGCCUCCAUCUGGACCGCAGAGGUUAUCCAUACAAUGUGGGGUUCGGUUCCGCCCUUGCAUUGACAUACAUAAGGGAAAAGUGAAGCAAAUUGUUGGAUCCACUCUUCGAGAUUCUAAGGAGGCAGAUACAAGCCUGGUAACUAAUUUUGAAUCUGAUAAAUCAGCUGCAGAAUAUGCAAAGCUUUACAGAGACGACGACCUUGUAGGUGGCCAUGUAAUUAUGCUUGGUGCUGAUCCCUUGAGCAUAUCAGCUGCAAUUGAAGCGUUACAUGCUUACCCUGGUGGAUUGCAAGUUGGAGGGGGAAUCAGAACUGAAAAUGCUUUGAGUUAUAUUGAAGAAGGAGCCAGCCAUGUCAUUGUCACCUCGUAUGUCUUUAACAAUGGGCAAAUGGACUUUGAGAGACUUAAGGAACUUGCUUCUCUCGUUGGAAGAAAGAGGCUUGUUCUGGAUCUUAGUUGCCGUAAAAAGGAGGACGAAUACGUAAUUGUCACAGACAGAUGGCAGAAGUUUACUGAUGUGAGUCUCAAUGAGAAAGUUCUGAAUUUUCUUGCAGACUAUGCUGAUGAAUUUCUGGUCCAUGGAGUUGAUGUUGAAGGCAAAAA